UAAACAUAGUAGGAUUUUGUAGGCCAUACAUCAUACACGAAGUAUUGGCACUAUAUAUACUAGUUAAAGACAAGUACAAGAAUGAUGAAAAAAACAACCAUCACCGCUUGAGCUGAUUACCAACCAAAAAUAUAUAGAGUAUGACCUGAGUGAUGCUACACAUACAAUGGUUGUAUGUGGUAGCCCACAUACAAUACUAUUGUAUGUAUGCCACAUCAAAGGGGAGAAAAAAAAUAAGUGGGAAAUAAGAUUAGGAAAGUGGACCCCAAAAUACAAACCAAUCAAAUGCUGUUAACAAUGGUUGUAUGUAGGCCAUCACAUACAACCAUUGUAUGUGUAGCCUUUUCCGUAUGACCUACAACAAUAAUUUCACAAUUAUAUUCCAACAACUCCACCACUCAUUUAUUAGUCAAUUACUCAACAUAAUUCCAACAAUAGCAAAGCAAAGUUGAGUCAAUAAAUUCAAAUAAAAAAAAGUUAAAUAAAAAAAGGCCAAAAAUGCAAAGAUUGGUACAAUUUGGUACAUGUUUCAAGCACAAGCCUAGCCUUAAUUACUUGUGUUUUACCCAAAACAACUCAAGCUAUUGCUCAAAAAUAGUUGUACUUGGAAACAACAAUAAACACAUCUACCAAAAUGAUGAAAAAUACUUAGAGGUUGAUCUUAAGAAAGAGCUUAUUCCAAAACAUGUUGCAAUAAUAUUAGAUGGUAGUAGGAGGUGGCUUAAGGCUCAAGGAAAACCUCUAAAUUAUGAUCCCUUCUUUGAAGUUAACACCCUCUUUGCUGACCUUUGUCUUAAAUGGGGUGUUUCUACUGCCACCACUUUUAUGUAUUCUUUCAAAAACCUACAAAGAGGACAAGAGGCCAGUGAUCUAUUGUUUGAGCAGCUUGAAAAAUAUUUAGAGAGUAAUCUGCAGAAUUUUGUAAGGAAAGAAAUUAAAGUUUCGAUGAUUGGAGAAAGAUUGCUACUCCCCAAAUCUUUACAAGACAUUAUAAAACAAGUGGAAGAAGUAACAAGAACAAAGCACACAAAUAAGUUGGAGUUGAUGUUAGCAAUAUGUUAUUCAGGGACUAGAGAUAUAUUGCAAGCUACUAGGAACAUUUGUGAAAAGGUUAAGGCUGGGGUGAUCGAACCCAAAGCUAUCGACGAGACCUUGUUUGAUCAAGAGCUAUGGACUCGUGGCGCGCCUCACCCUGAUCUGCUCAUCCGAACUGGUGGUCGCCUCCGUGUUAGUGAUUAUUUGGUGUGGCAGUUAGCCCAAACCGAGCUCUACUUCUCCCAAGUUCCCGCACCGGAAUUUGGAGAAGCUGAGUUCCUCCAAGCCUUGCGCUCUUUUCAGCAAAGGGAAAGGACAUUUGGAAAGUGAUCAUAUGUUCUAAUUUGCAUAAAAUGUUGCUCGUAUUAAAUUGAAAAAGGACGUCAAGAAGUAAAGUCUCAAGGGAUACAACUCACUAACCAAAAGGAUUUAUUGUGAGAAACUACCUAUUAUAAGCCAUUUUUUCGGAGAAACAACCUUAUAAAAAAAUGAUGUAAGAAACUAAGAACCUACCUAUUUCCUCCGUUUUUUUAGUUGACACCGUUUGACUUUUACACUAUUCACACAAUACAUUUUGACUCGCUUUUGUGGUUUAUAGAUAUGAUAAAAUAUAUUCAUGUGUAAUCUUGUUUGAACUUUUCAAUGUAUAUAUUUUUUUUUUAUUAAUAUUCACUUUUUUUUUGGGAAA